CGGCGGGCGGAGGAUCACCCGGCCCCGCUCUGCCCUCCCCCGUGGCGCUGUUUCCGUGCCCUCCCCGCGGCAGGCUCGGCCAUGUCGCUGCUGCGGAGGUCGCGGCCCCGCGACGCCGGCAGGAAGGGCCCCAGGAAGCCGCCGGCAGUCAAGCGGGACUGGGACAAUACUGUCCGUGAUUUGACAGUCCUCCGUGCAACUCCUGAGGACAUAUUGCGUCGCCAUGAAAUACACAAAUCAAAAAACAAAGAGCUGGCACAUCUGGAACUGCAAGAGAAAGCACUCAAAAGAAAAUGGAGGAAGCAAAAACAACUGGCUGCUGAUUCCCUGGAGAAAAGGAAAUUGACCCUGAUGCAUGAGAUUCUGUCUGAUCAAUACUAUUUGCCAGCUGUAUUGGAACGAUCUGAUCAGGCUAUGGCUGUGGCAAAAGACUUGUUUGGGGAUGCUCCUCGCACACGAACAGGUUUCCCUAAUGUAACAAUGGCUCCUAAUUGUGACUCAUCUCAAAGACCCAUAGUACAAAAAUGUGAUCCUCACACCCAUCUUUCCAACCUUAGUGAAUCUGUCAUGGAUUCCCAGGCUCCUAAUGAAGUGGAGGAGGAAGCAUUAUCAACUUAUCCAUCAGAAGAUGGACACCAUGACUCUCUGAAUUUGAAAUCCAGCAUCAGUUCUCAUAGGCUACUUCAUCUACUGCAAGAAGACAAUUCCUUGAUGAAUUCUCCAUUGUGGGCUGAAAAGGAUGUGAGAAAAACUACUUUAUCACAGGAAUCAGAUAUUCCUUUGACUCCAAUAGCUGUUUCCACAUCAUUGAAUCAGUCAGCCCUCAAUGCUACCAAUGUAGUCAAGAGAAUCUCUUCAAGACUUCAGAAUGAAGGUGGAGAAGAGACUGCAGACUCCACUCACACUGUGAGACAAGUGCUGAACCCACAUGCAAGGAAACAAAAGCAAAUUGCAGGAAAAAUGAAAAGAAAACAAACAGCGCAGAACUCUGCAAGGCAGAGGACAGAUGAUUCUCCAGCUAGUUCAGUCUCCAUUGGCUUUCAGAAGGACAACAAAUCCAGCCUAGAUACUCUCAACAGCAUGAUACAUGAAGUGGAGCAUGAAUUGGAGGAAUAUGAGCGAUGUACAGGCCGUGAGGUUCAAAAAACAGAGAGAAGGGAAGGCCUCACUGGGUUUACCUUGUCACUGGUGAACGCGCUCUGCCGAUUAAUGCGCUACCUGAAAGAGAGUGAAACACAGCUUCGUGAGAAAGAAGUGAUGAGACAGCAGUACGAGGAGAUGUUGAAUGAACACAGAGAACUGAUUGAUGCUCUGACUGCAGAAACACUUCUAGUGAGGGAAGAAAACACUACUAUACAGAAGAAGCUUCAGCAGUACAUGACAGUAACAAAUGAACAGCUGAUCUCUCUCACACAAGCAUUUAAAAACCUCCCUUUGGUAGAACCUAGAAGAGAACAAAGUCCAAACCAUUUUGGAAUUGCAAGCACAAGUCCAGUGAACGGCCAAGAAAAAGCUGAUGUGUGCUAUUUUGAGCCUAAGGCUGAUGCAGGCAUCAGGGAAGGUAUGCUGAAAUUCCCACGAGAAGAGCUUUCUUUUAAGUUUCUCCAGAGGUCAGAAGCUUCAGGUGGUGCAGGAGGUGGUAGAAGCUUGCCACCUCAUGUCUUCCAGCCAGCUGUACUAUUGUCACCUCCCCGGCAGAAGAGCAAUCAGGAAUUGUCUCCCUUCCAAAACGCAUUUACAGCCAUUUCUCAGUCUCCUGAAAACACCAAAAAAGAACCAUGCAAGGAAAGGAGCUCACCUUCUUCCCUGCAAACACAGAGCACAACUGAGGAAAACUCUCUCAUCUCUCAAAGGCAAUCAAUUCCUCCUGCAGACAAAGGCUUGGAGAGUUCCCACAAGAAAAACAGUCUGUCCUGCCCAGGUGACACUAGAAAAAACAGCACAGCUGAAGAGUCUUUUCAAAAUGGUGAUCUCCUGAGACAGAUAGCUGAGCUUACACGACAGAACGCUCUCAUGAAGGCUCAACUGAGCAAAUUUGGAAGCUUAUCUGAAGACAGAAAUGACUGCCUACCUCAGCCAGACCCAAUACAAAAUAAUCCUAGUCCAGACUCUUCACAAGGACAGACUCAUCUUGUGGUAGCCAAGAGCUUGGAGGAAAGAAUAGCAGAGCUGAAUCGUCAGAGUACAGAAGCACGUGAUAAACUGCUGCAGCUAAUAGACCAGCAGAAAUCAGCUGCCCCUGAUACAGUCCCACCGACAAUAUCUUCUGCUCUGCCCCCAUCCCUAAAUAAUACUGAAAAUGCAAGGAGGACAAUGGAAGUGUCUAUUCCUGUGGCAGUUGCUAUGGACAGCUCCAAAGAAGAUAGUGUUUCCUCUGCCAGUACAACCAGUUUAAGAAGGUGUGUAGGAGACUCUAGCAAACCUUAUUCACCCCUAAGUGCCACGACAGAAAGUGUGACAUUAACUCCUGUCAGCCAAAGACCAAAGGUGGAAAAGCAAAAAGAAGAAGGCUGGUUUGCAUUGUCAAUGCACAUUAUGUAAAAGAUGCUGCUGUCAAGUCCUGUAUUUUAUAAAAAUUUUUUAUGAACCACAAUUAGAUCACAACAAUCACCCUCUCCAGUUGUACAGUUUAACUCUAAAAUGCUUUCAUGUCAGUGUCAUUACCAUAAAAGAUCUGUAUGCUUAUUGUAUUUGUGCUGUACAGAGCACUGUAGGAAAUCCUGGGAAUGAGUUUCUAAACUGGACAGGAUGCAGUGACAUUACCCUUUUCCACUGAACAGAUCUUUCACAAGAUUGUAGACUGUUGUAAGCAAUACAAAUUAACAUCUGACAUCUGCAUUAGAUAUGCUGAAGACAGGAGGUUUUAGAAAACUUAAUGAAUGUGAAACUUCCUGAAGUAUGUAUUCACCCAAGAUAUGGGAAUGAAACAGUAAGAAAAACUGAGAUGAGGGAAUUUAACUAUGUUCAAAAGCAAUGUGGAGAUUAGGAAGCCAGUCUGUUCCUGAUGGCUAAGAAUUUGGAUUAGAAAUAAUGUGUUCCUUCUGUGGUUUACAGUUCCUUCCAAAAGUUGUGUUUUCUGUUCAGUAAACAUAUCAGGGAUUACAUCUGGACUUGAGAAUUGCGUUUUUAAAAUCUUUUUAUAGCAAAUAAUAAAGUGACUAUUUGAAGUUGAAAUCAGAAUCUCUGUUUUCUGUGUACUAAAGUAUGCUCCUCUUGAUACAGCAGAAAUAUGUGAUGAGUACAAUUGUAUUAAGCUGCUUUGAUAUGUAUGUAUAUAAUACUGACUAUAUUUUAAUACUGUUU